AUGUCCACGUUGCCAGACAAGGUCGUCUUGCGCGUCCCGGCGACGACGGCAAAUUUGGGCCCGGCGUACGACGUCCUUGGCAUGGCGCUCUCCAUCUUCAUGGAGGUGACGGUGGAGCGCGCGGAGGUCUUCUCGAUGCACCUCGAGGGCGAGGGCAGUGAGGAAAUUCGUGCCGACGAGGAGAAUAUGCUCGUCCAGACGUGCCGUCUCGCCUUCACGGAGUACGCGCACAAAGAGAUGCCGCCGCUCAAGUUCACAAUGAAGAGCAAUAUUCCGUUUGGUUGCGGCUGCGGCUCGUCCUCCGCCGCCGCCGUGGCGGGCUUCGUGGCGGGGAUGAAGCUGUGUGGGCUCACGAUGGAGACAGAGCAGCAGGAGGAGCUCCUGCAGGUGAUUGCAAAAUUUGAGGGACACCCCGACAACGCGGCCCCCGCACUCUACGGCGGUAUUCAGCUCGGAUACAAGAACGAGAGCGGGCGCUUCCUCACAUACCGUGUACCCACGCCACCGUCACUCUACGUCGUACUGUUUGUUCCAAAGAACAAGAUGAAGGCGAACACACAUGCAACCCGUGGCUUAAUUCCCAGCACAGUUCCAUUGGAGGACACUGUGUACAAUGUAUCUCGUGCGUCCAUCCUUAUGCUGGCACUCUCCACCGGUGAGCUUCGCUUGCUUAAAUCUGUUGGUGAUAGAUUGCACCAGAAUCAACGAGCUGCUGCUCUGUUCCCUCAUUUUUCCCCAUGCGUUGAUGCUGCUAUGGCUGCUGGCGCACAUUACGCUUUCCUAUCGGGCGCCGGACCAACAGUCUGUGCCUUUGUCGGCGGCCGCUGUGGUGACCCUCUUAUCCAGCCAGCGAAGGAACGCCACGCCGAGUCGGUUGCCGACGCUAUGCUGGAAGCCGCGAAGGCUGCAGGUGUACCUGGCCGCGCUUUGAUUACGUCUCCGUCAGAUCAGGGCGUCCACUUCGUUGGUGUGAAAUCCAUCCGAAAUGAUUUGGAGUAUGUCUCGAUUUAA